GUGUGCCAUACUGCCAUGAGGCAAAAGAAAAAGUUACCAUUUCUUAUAAUAGAUGUCGCGUCUGCAGACGAAUUUGGCUGUAAUGCUACGAAAUCAUUCCUGCCAAAAGAAUCAACUGUGGCAAACACCAUGACUUCAAAUGAGAAUUCAACACACACUGAGAACAAAUGCAUAAUUUCUACUCCAGGACAGAGACUAUGUCUUGCGGAAGAUAAAUACAUUGGAGGUGUGGGGACAUACACAAGACAAGGCUAUAUAAUGUCUUGUUUGGCAGGUGUUGUUAAAAUAACUGCACAGCCUGAUAAGAGAAUCCUUGUAGAAGUUAGAAGUGGUAAAGAACAAACAGUUGUUCCAUCAGCUGGUGACAUUGUUACAGCCAGAAUAACACAAGUAAAUCCGCGCUGGGCCAGAUGUGCCAUUUUAUGUGUAAAGGAAAUGGUGUUGGCAGAACCAUUCAGAGGACAACUCCGGAAAGAAGAUGUCCGCGCUACGGAAAAGGAUAGAGUUGAAAUGUACAAAUGUUUUCGACCUAACGACAUAAUCUUAGCAAGAGUGUUGUCAUUAGGUGAUGCCCAUUCCUAUGUGUUGUCAACUGCAGAAAAUGAAUUAGGUGUGGUUAUUGCAUACAGUGAAGAAGGGACACCUAUGGUUCCAGUUGGAUGGCAAGAAAUGCAGUGUCCAAAAACCUAUGUGAAGGAAAUGCGUAAAGUUGCCAAAGUUUCACCUGAAAUCAUUUCAAACGAAAAUAUUAAAGAAGCAACAAAUUGAUGGCUUGCUCAAUACACGAAAGUUGGCAACCGA